AUGGACAAAAUGGAAUAUGUCAGACUCGGCAACACGGGCCUGAAGAUCUCCAAGAUCAUCUUGGGUUGCAUGUCCUUUGGUUCAAGCAAAUGGCAAGGCUCACCUUGGGUUCUCGAUGAAGAGGAUGGUCUGAAGCUUCUCAAGGCCGCUUACGACAACGGCAUCAACACUUGGGAUACUGCCGACACUUACUCCAACGGUGAAUCAGAAGUCAUUAUUGGCAAGGCUCUCAAGAAGUUCAACAUUCCCCGACAGAAGGUUGUUAUUCUGUCAAAGAUUUACAACCCUGUUAUGGACGAUGGCACAAGACCUCCCAGUGUCAACGAUGGUGCUCUUGUGAAUCAGAUGGGUCUGAGCAGGAAGCAUAUCUUCCAUGCUGUUGAUAAGUGCUUGGAGAGACUUGGAACUGACUACAUUGACGUCCUCCAAAUUCACCGUCUUGACCGUGAAACACCACCCGAGGAGAUCAUGCGCGCUCUGCACGAAGUUGUUCAAUCCGGCAAGGUCCGUUACAUCGGUGCCUCAUCAAUGUACACCUGGGAAUUCGCCCGCAUGCAAUACAUCGCCGAGUCCAAGGGCUGGACAAAGUUCACCUCCAUGCAACCCUUCUACAACCUCCUCUACCGCGAAGAGGAGCGCGAAAUGAUCCCCUUCUGUGAAGCCACCGGUGUCGGUGUCAUCCCCUGGAGUCCCAUCGCCCGAGGUCUUCUCGCCAAGCCCUUGUCUACCACAGAGGAGAACAAAUCAAUACGUAGUCAGAACGACAAGAAGACUGACACUUGGUUUGCGGAUGCCAAUCUGGAUAUCGUGAAUCGUGUGGAGAAGGUUGCUAAGGAUAAGGGUGUUAGCAUGGCACUUGUUUCUACGGCUUGGGUAUUGCAGAAGGGGUGCUGGCCCAUUUUGGGUUUGAAUUCUGAGAAGAGAGUUGUUGAGGCUGUUGAUGCUUUGAAGAUCAGGUUUACUCCUGAAGAGUUGGAGUAUCUCGAGAGCGCAUAUAAAGCAAGAGGUGUGCAAGGUGGUAUGUGA